GACCCUGACGUUUUGGAUGUCCCAGCUGUCAUCUUUGACAAUGGGUCUGGGUUGUUCAAAGCGGGUAUCGCAGGUGACAGUGGCCCAAUGUCUGUUUUUACAGUGAUUGUUGGUCACUCAAAAGUCAAAGCUACAAUGCUGAGAGCUGGACAGAAAGAAUGUUACAUCGGAGAAGAAGCUCAGUCCAAAAGAGAGGUCCUGUCUUUGAAUUAUCCAAUUGACUAUGGCCUGGUUACAUGCUGGGAUGAUACGGAAAGGAUGUGGAGACAUGCCUAUGAGUAUGAGCUGAGGAUCAAAGCCAGUGAAAGGCCAGUGCUGCUGACUGAAGCCCCCCUCAGUCCUCUGCAGAACUGGGAAAAAAUGGCAGAGAUCACGUUUGAAGGCUUCAUGGUGCCGGCUAUGUAUGUUGCCAUGCCUCUGGCACUCUAUGCAUCGGGCCGUAUUACUGGAAUAGUCAUGCACAGCGGGGAUGGUGUUAUCCACACCAUCCCCAUAUAUGAGGGAUACAGUUUACCCCAUGCUGUCUCCAGGCUGGAUAUUGCUAGCCGGGAUAUCACCGAAUAUUUUAUGAGGCUUCUUUUGGAGAGUGGACACACUUUUGUUAUUACAGCUGACAGGGAAAUUGUGAGAGAGAUGAAAGAGAAGUUGUGCUACGUAGCUUUAGACCCCAUCCCAGAAAUCAGAGUGAAGCCAGAAGAAAUGAAAGAAUAAGAAAGAAUACAGAUAGGCAACCAGAUCUUUCAUGCACCAGAGAUACUUUUCAUGCCUGCAAACAUUGGAGUUGAAGCUCCCGGUGUGGACAAAAUGAUCUUCAACAACAUCAGGAAGCGUGACAUCAGCAUGCGCAGGAAUCUUUAUGGCAACAUCCUGCUCUCAGGUGGGUCCAUGCUCUUCCUUGGCCUGGAGGAACAGAUUCUGAAGGAGAUGAAGCUGCAAGUGCCUGCUGGCAUGUUUGUGAGGAUCACUGCCCCCCCGAGAAAAUACUGUGUGCGGAUUGGGGCCUCCAUGCUCACCUGCCUGACACCUUUCAAAAAAAUGUGGGUCACUGCGAGCAAUUGCAAGGAGUUUGGGGCAGCUGUCGUUCACCGGAAAUGCUUUUAA